UUGACUAUGAAACACUGCGUCUCCGUUCUCUUACACUAUUUAUAUGUUUGCUUUUUUCUCGAACUAGUUAUUCUUCGCCAACCAAUUUUAAUUUUUUCUUUCUUUUGCUUCGUCCUUCUAGGAAACGAUGAUGCGCGGAGUUUUUGGAAAGUCUCCGGAGAAACUGAAACCCGAAUUGGAAAGUGAAGCUGGUGAAGAGGAUUUAGGUGUGAAACUCACAGUUUUGAGAGAUGCAAUGAUCCAAAUGCGAAUUCAAUUUCUCCAGUUUCAAAGUGUCUUCAAAUUUUGGGAUUCCAAUGAAGACAAAUUUGUGAAUGACCUGAAAGCAUUGAAGAUCAUUGUAACAGUUGUUCAGAAUAGGAUUGAAGACCUCAGAAACGUGGCUUCGGAGUACAUUGAAUUGCAAAAUUCACAGCUAGCAAAAAGAAAAUUGGACAAGUUCGACGAUAUUUUGAAUCUGAUCGUUUUGGAAAUAAAUGAACUAGAGAGAGACAAUUUCUCAAUUCAAAAAGUUGAGAAACUAAUUAACAAGCUUAACCCAUUUGAUGUUCCAACUUUUGAAACUUUGGAAGAAGACACUGCAAAUCCAGAAAAACUACCCGUUAGCAGAAAAGCCACAAAUUUUCCAGAUCAAUUGACAAAACAAACAGCUCAAAGGGAGGAAGAAAGUGAAAUUCGAAAUGAUAAUUCAAAAAUGGAGAAUGGUCAAGCUAAAAUUUACAAAAUCUUCCGGAAACCAGUUCUUCUUUUUGUAAAUUAUCUUGAGGAUGAGCAAACUCUAUCUACAAUACAAUCACUCAGUGAUAAUCAAAUAGAUUACACUAUAUUUGAUGUUUCCACAGAUUCUGAAAUUCGAUUUAUUUCAAAAGCAUUAUCAGAUUGUGAAACCUUCCCUCAGCUGUUCGUUGAUGGAGCUUUUGAACCAUUGUCAAAUCUAGAAAAUUUGCUUCCGAAGCUUCCCAAGGUCUACACAAUGAAUUGAAUCACUAUUUUCUACCUGAUCUUUUUACAAACCUCAUUUACUCCGAAUACCUCGUAAAACUCACAUGAUGAAUCUAUUUAUUAAUGAAAUGAAGUUAUUAAAAACCGUAAAA